AUGUUUUUUGCUCUUCGCCGCGGUUAUAUCAUGCUGGGAAUAGUGUUUCUCGCCUUGCUGGCUGGCGGUUCCGCGGAACUGGGUUACCAGUAUCAGCAGAAUAGCUACGGAGGACCGGUGAAUAACCAAGGGGAGUAUCCCGCCCAGCCUAACGAUCACUACCAGGAGCAUCACGACUUCCACAAGCACUUCUACGCCUUUGAAGCGCCCUACGAUUCCUCAGAAGAGGCUGACCUGGUAGAGACCAAGCUGGCAGGUCUCUCCCAGAAGAACCUGCAGGUGGUGUUCAUCAAGGCGCCGGAGAACAAGGCCGUGGUGGGUGCCCUCAACGCCUUGGCAAAGCAGACCACGGAGGACAAGACGGUCAUCUAUGUGCUGAAUAAGCAGACGGAUGCCCACGAACUGGCAAGCGAACUCAGCUCCUUGAAGGCGCAGCACAAGCAUAAGCCCCAGGUUCAUUUUGUCAAAUACAGGACGGAGGCGGAGGCUGCCCAGGCCCAGCAGCACAUUCAGGCGCAGUACGGAGGAGCGGGAACAGUCUCCCAGUCGGGACAGGCCUCCUCCUUGGGUUACUACCCGGAGCAGCAGCCGCAAUUCGAUCAGCAGGGAUACUAUCCGGAGGGAGCUCAGCGCCCUGGCGAGUACCCAGUGCCUUCACCUGGCUAUCUGCCGCCACCCUCUCAGCCUUCGCCGGGCUAUCUGCCGCCAGUGCCCAGCUACUCCUCCCUGGGCCAGGGUUACAGUGCAGCUGGAGGAGCGCUGGACCUGCCUCCAGUGCCUGAGGCCCAGCAGGAUCUCUCCGCCAGCUAUAACGAUGGUAGUCAGGAUUACCGAUCGGCCAGGUCACAGCGCAUAGAUUUCAGGGUCAACGAGCGAAGAAGGUCAGGUAGCCGCAUGGUUUUUCCCACCUCUUCUCCCUCGACCAUUUCCAGGUCUUACCUGCCCUUACCCGUCCCAGCCAAGCGACGACGACUCUAG